AUGGGAAACAACAUCAGUUCAAAUAAAAGUGACGCAGCAUCAUUCAAAAGAUCUAGAUAUGUGCAAGGCCAAAGAGCCCGAUCGUCAUCCUCAUUAUCCGUCUCAUCUAUACGCUCCCCUUCGCCGCCUAUCAAUAGCACCACCUUGUUAGAUCAGCCUAAAGAGCUGCAACAGGAACUUCAGGAGCAAGAGAAUGUCAAUUUCAGCGCCGCUCAUUCAACAAUUCAUGCACAACCACCACAAGGCAGACAAAAGCGACCUUUAAAACACAACAACACGAUAGACACGCCCGCCAUGUUAUCUGCUAUUUCAGAGAAACAACGCAGAAAGCUGCCUGCUACUGCUAUGAAUGGCAUUGAAACUGUGCAUCAUCUCGAUAAAUUACCUCCUUCGGCAUCAUCGUCACCCCAUCACAAACGCAUGAAAUCACAACAGCAAUAUACACCACAAAAUCGUCGAUCCAGUAAGAUGCGAGAACGAUACAGUUCCACCAUUUCAGCCAGUGGUUUUAGUAGCACCAUCGGCGAUCCAUUGCAUUUCUCCAUGGUGGGAGAUUCCACCAUUACGGAUAUCACCAAUGUGUCUAGUUUUUCAGUCAAUUCGUUUCUGGAUAAAGUCGGCGAAGACAACAAUUACAUUAUGUCUAUCCCUGACUCUGAUUUCUCCUCUAAUACCAGCACCACCAAGACGUACUCUAUAGAACUCGUAUCCACGACGCAAGACGUGCUUGAUCUACUGGUGGCCAAUCCAGAUGCUACCUACGAUAUCUUAACCAGCAUAUUUGGCUCUGAAAGAAUGCGCUCCAACCCCGAGUUACAAAGAGAAGCGUUUCAAGCUGCUGAAACAUGGAGUCUGCGCCCUACCGAUGUAUCUGCAAAGAUUAUUGUUGCCUGCUGUAAACUCUGUGGCUGGGGAACUAGCAAAAACUCUAAAAAGGGGUUCCAGGAAAUUCAAGCCUUGGCUAAAAAAGGCGUCUGGGAGGCUUUCUACUAUCUGGGUCAAUGCUACCAUUACGGCGUGGAACAAGCUUCUGAAGGCUACAAUCUCUCGGGUCGUCCUCUCUCCGCCCAUGUGAUUCAACCCAUUGAUAGAGAUCAGGCUAUUGCUUGGUAUCAAAAAGUGGUAGAUACGCAAGAUUUAGCUGCUAGUGAACGCGUUCAAUUCUAUGUUGCUGAAGCUCAGUUCAGAAUUGCUGCUAUCAAUUUUGCCUCUGGUAAAAUCAAUCUUGACAACGUAGAUGAAAACGUUGACUAUCUCAAACAGAGCGUCGCUGCUGGCAAUAGAAAAUCCGAGUUCUCCCUUGGUUUACUGCUAGAAACAGGUGCUAUCCAAGAUGCUACCCUUAGCGCCAAAGACUACUACACUAAAAGUGCUAAUAAAGGCUAUGCUCCUGCCCAGAUUCAAUUAGCUACUAUUUUAUUGCGUAAUAAUUCUCCUGAAGGCAUUUCCUGGCUUAGUAAAGCAGCUCGAUUGGGUGAUCCCCGAGCAUUCUAUCAUCUUGGUGAAAGCUACGAGUUCGGCAAGGGUGUGAAAUCUGAUCCGGUCAUUGCUGCUUACAACUACCAAACAGCCGCUGAUAGGUACAAUCAUCGUAUGUCUGAAUUCCGUCUUGGAAUGCACUACCUCCAUGGUGGUCUUGGUCUUGAAAAAGAUGCCGUCAAAGCCUUCAUAUAUCUCGAACGUGCUGCUAAAGGUGGUUACCCAGAUGCUCAGUACCUGCUUGGUAUGAUGUAUCGUGACAACAAGGUGCCCCUACGUGGAAGUGUGCGUCAAACAUCUGCUGAACUGUCCAGGAACAAGAAGGAGGCUUUCCGUUGGAUACGAAAGGCUGCCAAUCAACGCAUGCACACGGCUAUUACUCAAAUUGCUAGUUGCUAUGAAGAUGGUGUAGGUACGCCUGUCAAUUACGCCUCUGCUACUGAAUAUUACGAGAUUGCCACUCAUAUUCCUGGAAAGUACCUCCCAAGCGCUCAACAGACGUAUGCCCGUUUCUUGCACAAAAAUGGCAAAUACGAAAAGGCCCUUCAAAUGUACCUUUAUGCUUCUGGUCUGGAACGCUCUCCUCUCAAUACACAUCCACCUAAUGCUGUGAUUGCUCGUACUGCCAAACGCAUGGUGGCUCUAUUGUACUUGGACGAAAAAGACACAACAACUCCAUAUAAGCCCAAGAAAGCAUUUGAUCUCUUGACUGAGUUGGCCUCUGCUUCUGAAGGCGAUCCUGAUGCUCAUUAUUGGAUUGCUGUAUGUCAUGAAGAAGGUGUGCCUGGUGUCGUUGAAAGUGAUCUCUCCAAGGCCUUUGAACAUUAUGUUACCGCUGCUAACCUUGGUUCCAGUGAUUCACAAUUUCAGGUCGGACACAUGCUUUGCAAAGGUAUAGGUGUAACAGAAGAUCGUCUUGAGGCAUUCAAGUGGUUCCAAAAGGCAGCUGAUAAGAACAAUGCCAAAGCCCUCUACUAUAUUGGUAUCUAUUAUUACAACGGCAGUGGCUCCAUCCAAAAAGACCAUCAGCAAGCUCGCAUCUACUUUAAACGAUCUGCUGAACUUGGUCAUGUGGAAUCCAUGGUCUCUUUUGCUCAAAUCUGUCAAGAAAAGCUCAAGGAACAAGGUGCUUCACUCUCCAGUUCUGAAAUCGAAUCGCUUCAAGCCGAAUCCUUCAGAUGGUAUACUAAGGCUGCCAAGCAAGAUCAUACUACCGCGUUACGUGAAUUGGGUCGACUGUAUGGUGCCAAGGGUGAUGACAAGACUUCUUCUGAAUGUUACCUCAAGGCUUCCAAUCUCAAUGAUGCCUUAUCGACGCUCUUUUUGGGUGGUUACUAUGAAAAUGGACAAGGUGUUGUUCAAAACAAGCAAACUGCACUUAAAUACUAUACAAAAGCCAUUGAACUUGGCCAACCUACAGCUUUAUUUGCUAUUGCAGAGCUCUAUGAAAAACUACAAGACUAUGAAAAAGCAUACACCUAUUACAAACGCGUCUCUUUUGACUCUAGAAUCUCCAAAAACUAUAGAUCAAGCAAAGUGUCUCGUCUCAAGAUGGCUCUGUAUAGCUUAAACUAUGACCCAAAUACGCUCCUUUCUGAAAAAUCCAACAACACCAAAUCCAGCAUUCAUAUCCCAUCCAAUCUACUGUUACCAAAGUCUGAAGCAUUUCAACUGUUGCACAAUCUUGCUCAUGAAGAGCAUUUCACUGAUGCAUACAAUUGGAUUGCUGAAUGCUAUCAAGAUGGUAAUGGCAUUGCACAAAACAACACAUCCUCUAUUCACUGGCGCAUCAAAGCAUCUCAAGAAGCCAACGACAUCCAAGCGACACUCAAACUUGCCUCCAUGUAUGAGCAUGGCACUGGUGGCGUUGAAAAGAACCUCAUCUAUUCUCAUCAACUAUAUCAACUAUGUGGAGAAAAGAACAAUGUUCUCAGUCAACAUAAACUAGGUUAG